CAGUCACCUGCGCGCAUAACCUCAUAAGCUGCAGGAUUUUGUAUUUUGAUUCGGAAAUAACAUCAAUUAAAUCAUAAUGAAGCUUCAUUUGUCUCAUAUAUCUCGACAUAUUCUACAUAAUAGUUCUUCCAAAUCAUUACCGCUAGCAAGAUUUCUAAGUACUAAAGAGGCUAUUGAGCGUCGUGAUCACCUGUUUACGUUGGAGAAGAAGCGGCAGGUGGAGAAAGUGGGUCGCGUUGAGAAGAUAGAAGUCAGAUACAAGGGUGUACCAAAUGACUGCACAUUGGUAAUGAACAAGAACAUAUCUACGCCUUACGACUGUGCAAAACAUCUGAGUGAGUGGCACACAGAGAGCAGUGCUCUGGCGCUGGUAGACGGCCAUGUCCACUGGGACAUGCACAGGCCAUUGUCCGAAAAUUGCAUAUUAGAACUCCAAACCUACACAGUUGCCGAGCCCCAGCAGGUGAACAAGGCAUUCUGGCGAACGUGCUCGAUGAUGCUCGGCGCCGUCGUGAGCUCUGCCUUCAAGGAUAACGUCCCUGUCAAGCUGCACAGCUUCCCUGGGCCUGAUAUCCGCAGCGGCUCCUUCAUCUACGACGUGGAUCUCCCCACGUUGCCGGACUGGCAGCCCACCCAGCAAGAGAUACAUACGCUGGGCGCGGAGUUCGUCAAGCUAGUGCGUCAGAACUUGCUCGUCGAGCGGCUCGAUGUUGGUGAGGAGCUCGCUAAAGAGAUGUUUGUUGAGAACGAACACAAAGUUGGACAGAUACCUAGUAUUGCUCGGGGUAAUGCUAAUGCCCCAGGCAAGGUCACAAUGUACCGUAUCGGAAAGCAUGUGGACAUUUCCAAGGGACCGAUGAUCAGCUGUACAGGCCAGGUGGGUCGCGUGACGGUCGCGGCGGUGCAUGCGCUGAGCGGCGCCCCGGGCCAGCUGCGGCGCCUGCAUCGCUUCCAAGGACUGGCACUGCCCGCCGGAGUCGUGCUCAACCACUUCGCGUACCAGAUACUGACUGAUAGGGCCAAAAAACUGAACCCAGCCCGGUCUCCAAUCAACCCUUUCAACGAGGAAGACUCCAGCGCCGCACCACAGGCUGCCGCGGCCAGCGCAUAGUCAUACUAGUUUAUAAAUAGAUUGUUAAUUCUAAGACCAUAUUGUAAUAAAGUAUUUGUAGAUAUUCUA